GUUUGUGUCCGACUGAGGGUUGUACGAUUGUUGAAAUAGAAGUAUGCAGUUUGUCGUGUAGUCUCUUAAUCAUUACUGCGUUUAGUUGAAUAUAUUCGUGCCCUAUUUUGGAGAGUGUAUGUUUUAUUUUGGUUAUCAAUAUGGAUGGACUACAAGAUCACAAAUUUAAUAUUAGAUUAGUAAAAUGUGUGAAAAAAUAUCCUCUUCUGUACAACACUAAUUUAAAAGAAUAUACAAGAAGAGAUUGUAGAGAAAGAGCUUGGAUAGAUGUGGCAGAAGAGUUAGACUGUGAUCCAAAAGCCGCGCAGAAAAAAUGGCAAAAUUUCAGGAGUAUUUUAGUCAGAAAACUAAAGCAAAUGAAAAUGGGCGAACCCGUACAACAGUAUUACUUAUACGAUCACAUGAAAUAUAUAAUACCAUAUUUGAAGAAAACAUAUGAACCUGGAGCAUUAAAGAGAACAGUUAGACAAAUAGAUGUAGAGCCAGAUGAGGAAUAUGGGACUGGAUCGGAACAUAGUACUGAAGAUAUUGAAAUCAUUGAAGACCUGCCAGUAUACAGUCAAGACCCAAUUUAUCUCGAAAAUAAUGAACCAAAUGAAAAAUAUGCUCUAAAAAAAAUUAAGGUAGCAGUGAACUCGGAGGACGAAGGUGGACCAGAAUUCGAUAAUUAUAUGGUGUCUAAAUCUCGACAAAGUGAACUCACGGAGAAUAAUAUGGUUAACAAUAAAAUUACGAAUUCUACAUUAAUGCAUGCUGCGUCCACACCCGUGACAUAUAAUGAGCAACGCGACCAAACCAUGUCUAGAGAAACUCCGAAAAAACAAUUUGUAUUAAGCUUAUUGCCAGAUCUUAACGAAAUGACCAACUCACAAAUGCGACAAUUUAAGUUCAGAGUUCUGCAAUUAAUUGAUGAAAUAUUAAAUGAAAACAAUACCUAAA